AUGAAAAUCUUGGAAAGAAAAAAUAUGCAAAACCACCCACCUGAAAAAAAAUAUAACAGGAGAAACAGUACAAAGAAAAGCAAUGCUGGAUAUCACAUAUACUCACCUACAUCUAAUAUGAAUGCUGAUGUAAUGCGUUCUACACUACAAGAUAGUCAAGUGAUAACUGGAUUAUUGGGAUUACAUUCUUGUCGAGAUCACGAUGUGAUGUUGUUGAAAGGCAUUAAAUUGCAGGAUGGACGUCGAACAGACACUCUAGAUAUUUGUGUAUUGAGGAGAAUAGAGUUUGUCUCAUCUAUUGCUAGUUCUGCAUAA